AUGGCUAGCGACAGUCCUAGGAAGAGGCUUAAGGAGGAAGCCACCUGCUUUGUCUGCUGGGAUUAUUACAUCAAUCCGCUCUUUCUGGAUUGCGGGCACAGUUUCUGUCAGGCCUGCGUUUCCCAAUGCUGGAAGGAUUUACCAGACAACGCCACCUGCCCCCAGUGUAAGACUGCUGUACAGAGGAAGAACUGCCACCUGAACUCGCAGCUGGCCAAUGUGGUUGAGAUAGCCAAGCAGUUAAAUAGUCAGUUGAAGGAAGAGGUGGCAUGUGGGGAGGUCUGUGAGGAGCACCCAAAGCCCUCCACAGCUGCCUUCUGCAAGGAGGACCAAGUUGCCUUCUGCUGGAUGUGUGAUGGAUCCCAGCAGCACAGUGAUCACAACGUGGUUCCUAUGGAGGUAGCUGCCCAGGAGUAUAAGGAUUGUUUUUCUGGCUAUGUUGAGAUGCUAAAGAAGGAGCGGGCUGAGAGUGUGAAGGUUAAAUGCAUCACACUAGAGGGUUGUGAACACCUGCUGAAACAGACAAAUGCAGAGACCCAAUUGAUAGCUGAUGUGUUCAGGCAAUUGCACGGUUUCCUGUCAAAGCAAGAGAACUAUCUGAUGCUGCACGUGGAACCCGUGGCCAGGGAGAUCACUAAAAAAAAGAUUCAUGACUUGGGCAGUCUCACUCAAGAUAUCAUCACUCUUGAGAAUACAAUCCGGCAGCUGGAGGAGAAGUGUUCACAGCCGGCGAAUGAACUCCUGCGGGAUGCUGAAAUGAUCUUAGAGAGGUGUCGGAAGAGAUCGAAGUUUCACAAACCGGAAGAUUUCUCCUAUAAGUUGAAAUGGAAGCGUUGGGAAUUGCUGGAUAUUAAUGCCCUCAUGAGGGGCUUAACACAGUUCUUCACAGAUACUCUGCAAAAUGCGUGCUUCCUGCAGAAAGCUCAUGUGACCUUGGAUGCAGAUUCGAGUCACCCGCAACUCGUUCUGUCCCCUGAUGCUAAAAGCUCCUUCAUCAGCUGUGGGAAAGCAGAUAUCAAAAACCUGUGGGCUUGA